UCAUCACUGUGGGCCUCUCCGCAAUCAACAUUUCCGUUGACGGAUUUAAAUGUUACAUGCGCACCUCCUCGAAAGGGACGCCGAGAUGCUCUCUGGUCGUUAGGCUGUUUCAACAAAAUACUCAAUAAACAUGUCCUCGACGAAGGAAGAUGCGUUAUCUCCAGACGAGCUGAGAAGAAGACUUUAUCAAACUUUUAGAAAUAAGGGAGUGCUGGAUUCCCUCAAAACACAGCUACGGAAUCAGCUCAUCCAGGAGUUAAAACACCCACCUUUGGCUGGAGCGGAACCAGUUCCCAGACCAGUACCUGUUAAAUCUGAACCCCUUUUGGUUUCAGCCUGUAACAACAUAGUGGCAGAUCAUCUACGCACCUCUGGAUAUGAGUACACGCUUUCUGUAUUCUACCCUGAAAGUGGCUUAAGCAAAGAAAAGGUUUCCACAAAAGGGGAACUUCUUCAGCUUCUGAGAAUAAGUCCUGAAUCUGCCCUUUACAGGUCCCUGUCUUUAAAUAAAGAUGACAAUGGAAAAGGGUUCUUGAUCAGCCUUCUCACACAGCCUAGUCCCCCUUAUACUCACGGCCUUUGCCAUGACGCUGACACUCAGACACCCAGCGUAGGAACUUACGGAGAGUCUCUCGUUGACAAGAUGAAAAUGAUUGAUAAGGAGUAUGAAAGCAUCAGUUACAGCGGGGAGAAAUGGUUUUCUAUCGAAUCAAAACUGGCUGCAUAUAGGAAAGAAACUGAUGCCCAGAUGCAAGCAGAAAUGAACACAAAGAUGCAACAUUUUAAAGAUGUUGAAAUUGCCACGAUGAGGAUGGAAGAAAAAGCCACAUUUCAUAAAGAAUUUGAUAAACUGAAGCAAGACCUGGAGAGGACGUAUGAAAUGAAGGCAAAAGCAUUGAUGGAGCGGGAGAAAAACGCAAUUGAUCGGUUACAAAAACAACAAGAGAUUGAAGAGAAAAAUGUUUAUAUACAGAGACAAUCGGUCCUGAAAGAAAUUGAAACACAGCGGAACAGAGAGAAUGAGCUGAGGAUGAGAACGGAGGCUUUUGAAAAGACUUCUCAAAUUCAAGAGGACAAGAUCAAGACCACUGAGGAGCUGCUGAGGAGGAGAGAAUUGGCAGUGAAGAGUAUGGAGGACACAUAUGACCAGAGGCUGAAAAAUGACCUUUGCAGAUACCAGCUGGAGCUGAAGGAGGACUUCACCAAAAGAACAGAAAAACUAUCUGAGAAUGAGAACAGAAACAAAGCUGAAACUGCUCGUAUCCAAAAGGAGUCCACUGUCAUUAAUUCCAAACUAGAGGAGCACAGCAGAGCAUGUUCAGAGCUGAGACGGCUGCAGGCCGAGCUAGACGCAGCGCAGCAGCAGAUUACCCUCCUGACUCGACAGACGGAGUUGUUGAGAGAGAGACUUGAGAACACGAGUGACUAUCCCAGCUUAAAAAUAGAGAAGGCGGAGCUGCAGGGGCAGCUGCGGCUGCUAAAGAAACAGCUGGAGGAUGCACUAGAGGAGAACAGACUUCUCCAUGCAGAUUUGGGCAAGCCAUCAAAAGAGCAGAUGUCCCUGCAGAUGGAGCUACGGAGGCUGCAGAGCACUCGCAGGCUGGAUGAGGAAGAGUUUGACAACCAGAAACAGGUGCUGCAGGCACAGCUCCAGAGUGAGGUGGAGCGCAGCGCUCAGCUCAAGGCUCAGUUGAUACAGUGUGAGGAGAAGUCACAGUGGAUGAGUAACCACAUCGAGGAUAUUAAGAUGCAGCUUUGUCAAACUCAAAGAGCUCUUGAAAAUGAAGUGCUGCGCAACCCAAAGCCUUCGCUCGUUGAUCGCUCAGUACUGGAUCUCAGUGCUGACAAGCUGGUCCCCCCUGACGUCUAUGUGGACAGAGCUUUGCUGAGGUCCAAGGUGGUUUAUGAUGGUGUUUGUGAAGCAGGCGGGCCCUCCAGAGGACACGAUUGGCCUCGGAGCGACUCUCCAGACUCCGACAUGGAUCUGGUGGCUGAUGCCAAGGCUCGGAUCCAGGAGCUGCAGAAGGAGGCGGACAUCUUGGAGGAGGCUUACAGGAGCUACCAGCAGAGGGCGGUGUGCUCCACCCUCUCACACAUGCUUCCCCCCAGAGCUCUUUCCCCACAACAAGCACAUCCUUCACGUCACCCUGACUCUCUCCAUAGGAAACUACUUUCUCACCACUCACACACCCACGCACCACACAAGUCAAAGGUCGCACACAGACCACUGUCACCACAAACUACCAGAACCCCCUCCUCACUACCCUAUACCACUAAAAACAGUGUUCCUCCUGCACAAUUACGAGUGACCUUCUCAGAGGACCAAAACCAACCCCAAUCCCCAAUUUUCCCCGACCACAGUCUCCAUUUACUGACUGAACCUCUAACAGAAGAACCCCCUCAGAAUGGAAGCAGCUCUCCUUCCAGACGUCUAUCCUCCACACCACGCUCAUCCUCCAGGAGAACGCUUCAAAGAGAGAUCAUACAAGAAGCAGUUAUGUCUGCAAUGGCGUUCCCUGAGUUGUCAUCUGGAAGACAGCCCCCUCAGGCCCCCCGAGAUGAGGUGGCCACCUCAGGUGACUUUUUCUCCGAGCACAGUCCACCCUACAGUCCACAGCUCAAGAGCACAGCACGAGACCAGACCAGUCCACCUGAGUUACAGCCUGUGGUCUCCAGCUUGGAGUCUUCCCCACAGCCAGAGAAAAUCAGCCUUGAAGAUCUUGGACAGAGUCUAUCAGAGCCCAGCCACAUUCCAGAGCUUCUCCCGGACACUGCCGUCCCUCUCUCUGAGGAGGCCCCUGAUGGCCCCGCUGUCUCCCACCCACAGGACCUCCCAGAAGACCCGAAAGACUCGCAGGGCCUAGCAGUCACAGAAACUUCAGUGGAAUCUGCAUGGGAAAAGGAGGAAGAGGAAGAGGAGCAGAGGUGGGAAAGAGAACGAAAGGACAGACAAGAACAAAGGCAAAGGGAGCAAGAAGAAGCCCGAGAGAGGGAGUUACAAGAGCUUAAAAGACUCGAGGAAGAGACGCUUUUGCAGGAGGUGGAGAUAACAAGGGAGGAACAAGAGGACAAAAGUGAGAUGAAAAUAGGAGAUGGAGAGCAGAAUCAAGAGGCAGAUAAUAAAGAGGAAGAGAAGUCUAAAGGUGAAAAUCCGCUGGAGAAAUACAUGAAGUUGGUCCUGGAAGCAAAAGACAAGCAGCAUGCACCGAGCCCUGGAAGAGAUGAAACAGGACAUUCGAGCCCAGAGGUCAAGAGUUUGUCGGAGGAGAAAGACAACAGCAUUGCAGCUUAUUCCCACAAAGAUGAAGAUGAUUUCUGGUAAGCCGGCGGUCCCGGAGUGCUCAUAAGAAACGAUGAAUUUCUCAGGCCUUUGUAGUUUUUGUACUCUUAACACAAGUGUGAAGCAUUUAUUGUAAAUGUGUUAUGAACUCUUUUUACAUCAACUGUAUAUGUAUGAAUAAAUCGAUUUUUUUUUUCUA